GUAAAGGGUCUGUGCUUAGCGGAGCUUGUAAUUGGGGCGCCGGGGGAGGCUGCUUCCCAGAAGGGGCUUGCAGACUGAGCUAUUUGAGCCCUGACUUCACCUGUAACGGGGUUGCCCCCCGCCUCGGCACCAGCCCUUCGUCCCUGCGGUACCCGCAGGCGGCCCCUUGGACCUUGUUGCGCGUUUACACAGCGGAGACCGAGGUGCCAGACCACCCGGCCCAGGGCUGGGGCGAGGGGUCGGCUGAGCCCGCUGGGACGGGCGUUAGUCGCAGCUUCGCGAAGUCUCGCUCCGCCGUGGGCCCCAUGGCGGCGCCGGCGCUGGCAUUAGUGUCAUUCGAAGACGUGGCUGUGACCUUCACUGGAGAGGAAUGGAGACAACUGGAUCUGGCCCAGAGGACCUUAUACCAGGAGGUGAUGCUGGAGACCUGUGGGCUCCUGGUCUCACUGGGACAUCCUGUUCCCAAACCAGAACUGAUCUACCCACUGGAGCCUGGGCAAGAACUAUGGACAGGGAAGAGAGGCGUCUCCAAAAGCACCUGUACAGGUGAAAAAGCAAAACCUGAGACCACAGAGUUUACUGCUUCUCAGCUGGCCUUCACUGAGGAAGCCCCUUUUGAGGAACAAAUGACACAGGGAGCCUCGAGGGAUUCCAGGUUGGGGCAAGCCAGGGAUCGGGAAAAGCUAUCAGAAAUGCAGGAAGGAAACUUGAGGCCAGGAACAGACCCCCACAAGGAGACAUGCCCUAGGAAGUUGAGCCAUAAACAUGAUGAUUUGGAGACAGAUGAUAGUUUGUGUUUAACCAUUUUACAGGAGCGAGUCACUAUACAAGGUGACCUACAUGAACAUGAUUGCCAAGGACCCAGAAAAGACCCUGUGACCGAUGCAAGGAAUAAUCUGUAUAAAUGCAAAGAAUGUGGAAAAGGGUUUAGCAAGAAUUGGGCCCUUGUUCGGCAUCAACAGAUUCACGCCGGAGUGAAGCCCUAUAAAUGCAGCGAAUGUGGGAAAGCCUGUCGUUAUAUGGCCGACUUCAUUCGACAUACGAGGUUUCAUACUGGGGAAAAACCAUACAAGUGUGUGGAGUGUGGGAAGGCCUUCAAACGCAGGUCUCACCUCACAGAGCACCAGCGCAUUCACACUGGAGAUAAGCCCUAUGAGUGCAAAGAAUGCGGUAAAGCUUUCACCCACCGCUCCUCUUUUAUCCAGCAUAAUAUGACGCACACUAGAGAAAAGCCCUUUUUGUGCAAAGAAUGUGGGAAAGCUUUCUACUACAGCUCUUCCUUUGCUCAACACAUGAGGAUUCACACUGGAAAGAAACUCUAUGAGUGCAGUGAAUGUGAAAAGGCCUUUACUCACCGCUCCACUUUUAUCCAGCAUAAUAUGACCCACACAGGAGAAAAACCCUUUCUGUGCAAAGAAUGUGGAAAAGCUUUUUGCCUCAACUCAUCCUUUAUUCAACACAUGAGGAUUCACACUGGAGAGAAACCCUAUGCGUGCAGUGAAUGUGGAAAGGCCUUCACUCACCGCUCCACUUUUGUCCGGCAUAAGAGGACUCAUACUGGAGAGAAGCCCUUUCAAUGCAAGGAAUGUGGGAAAGCCUUUUGUGACAGUUCUUCUUUAAUUCAGCACAUGAGGAUUCACACUGGUGAGAGGCCCUACGAAUGCAGUGAAUGUGGAAAGGCCUUUACACACCACUCGGUUUUUAUCCGACAUAAUAGGACCCACACUGGGGAAAAACCCUUGGAGUGUAAACAGUGUGCAAAAGCUUUUUACUAUAGUUCUUCCUUUACUCGACACAUGAGGAUUCACACUGGCGAAAAGCCCUAUGUAUGCAGAGAAUGCGGGAAGGCCUUUACCCAACCGGCAAAUUUUGUUCGUCAUAAUAGGAUCCACACUGGAGAAAAACCAUAUGAAUGCAAAGACUGUAAGAAGGCCUUUUGUGACAACUUUGCCUUAACUCAACACACGAGAACUCACACUGGAGAGAAACCCUUCGAAUGUGGUGUAUGUGGAAAAACCUUCAGCCACAGUUCAUCCUUUACUCACCAUCGAAAAAUUCAUACCAGAGUGUAAAGGCCUUUGCAAGUCAUUUACUUCAAUUUUAAGGAACUCGUACUGGUGAAAUACCUUUUCUUUUGAAUAUAACUAUUCAGGAAAACAUUUUGGCCAGAGAAGUAUUUUACUAUCUGAUAAUUCAUACUGAAGAGAAACAUAAUCGUCAUCCCUGUGAAAGUUUCCUGUGAUAAUCCUGUGAUUAUCCCUGUGAUAAUUUGUCAUUGGGGGGGUGGUGGGGAUAUGGGGGGGAUGAGAGAUGAAAAAUACCUCAUCUCCUUUAUGUGUUUAUUAUAUACCCGUAGUCAGGAGAGUUGGACCAUUGAAGGCAGCUCUGCUGCCAGCUUUUGUUUUUUUUUUUUUUAAUUUUCUUUAUUCGAAAACAUUGUGAUUUUUACCCUUGAGCAUAAAUGUUUGUGAGAGAUGUAGAGGCCUGAGUCAUGAAAUACUUAAAUACGCACACGCACACACACACACAGAGUUAAUUCUUGUUAUUCAUUGUAGUUGUAUUCUGUACAUUGAUCACAAACACUGAAUUGGUGAAUACUGAGCCAUAGCUCCUAAGGUUCCUGUGAGCCUCUGUUCACAUUUUCAUCAACCAAUCAAUGCGUAACCCAUUAUGGAAUUUUUUCUUCUGUUUAAAAGACAUUUAUUUAAUACAUGUUCCCUAGAAAUAAAUUAUAUGCAGUAUUUCCUUACAAUAAAAAUAUUUCAAUUACAUCAUUUUGUGUAACUUAGUCUGUUACUAUACUGCUUUAACUCAGUGAUACACACAAAAAGUAUACAUAAUUUAGUAUUCACACACAAUAAACACAGUAAGCAGUAAUGUGGACACAUACACUGUGUUAUACUGUACAGUCAUGCGAAGAAAGUCCAGAAAAAAGGUUAAAAUUAAUCAAAGAUUGACAUUAACUAAAACUAAUUUUGAUAGAGUUGUUGGAUAUGUGGUGAUAGAGCAGUGCACUCCGAAGAAACCUCUUGACCUUGGCAUAGUUG